UCAUCUUCCAAACCCAGGCUGACAAUAAAAGGGCGGCCCUCUCUCUCUCUCUCAGCACCUCCACACGCAACUCAACGCAACCCAACCCAACUUGCCCGCCAAGAUCGGGUGUUUUCGCUUCCCCACUCUCCAUCCCGAUCCUCUCCGCCUUUCCCUCCAUCUAUCUCCAAUCACACUUUCAAAUAUCCUCUCUCUAUCAUUCCCUCCCUCGCUAUCUUAAACAACCUUUCCCAUUUUCUUCGUAUAUAAAAUUUCCAGGUCAACCAUGCUUUUGAACCAAUAGCUCCUUGUUUCACUGGCCCUUUAGAGGACAGGGCAUCAAAAGUUUUUGGGCUAUUUCAUGGGCAGAUGUCAGCCAGUACACACAAGGGGGAGGGUUAGGUUAAGAUAGGUUGUGGGGUAAGGUAAAUUUGUAAAUGGCGAAAGUUAGCAAGUUGCGAUGCAAGUCUGAUCCAAGACAUCACCGAGUUGCACCAUCCCCAUCGUCAUCUUCCCAUAAGAAGGCUGGUAAAGAGGGUCAUACAAAAAAAGCACAUUCCAAAGCUUUGGAGAAGAAAGAUUGGGAAGGUGCAACCUGCUCAGUGUGUCUUGAGUAUCCUCACAAUGCUGUGCUCCUACUCUGUUCCUCUUAUAACAAGGGAUGCCGACCUUAUAUGUGUGCUACUAGCCAGCGUUUUUCCAAUUGUCUUGACCAAUACAAGAAAGCUUAUACAAAAGUGUCAUCAAUGGAAAGUGGGCAACAACUGACUGGGUUGGUUGAGAAUUCCAGUUUCAGUUUGGAUUCUGGGCAUGCCAAUGAAAAGACUGAAGCUCCAGAGCUGUUAUGUCCUCUCUGUCGUGGCCAAGUGAAGGGUUGGACAGUGGUAGAACAAGCUCGUAAAUAUCUCAAUGCAAAGGAAAGAACAUGCAUGCAAGAUAAGUGUACUUUUGUUGGAACUUAUAAGGAGCUCAGGAAGCAUGUCAAGUCAAAACACCCAUUGGCACGACCCCGAGCAGUAGACCCUGCGCUUGAAGAAAAGUGGAAGAAGCUUGAAUGUGAGAGAGAGCGAAAUGAUGUGAUCAGCACAAUAAUGUCAUCGACACCUGGAGCAAUGGUACUGGGAGAUUAUGUGAUUGAGCCAGGGUAUCAUGGUGUUUAUAGUGAUUUUAAUUCAGAUGAUUCUUCGGAUGAUGGCUACUUUCGUAUUGAGUCAUUUGAUCGAGGACAGAACCAAAGCCUCCACUGGCAAGGUAGAUAUGACAUGGAUUAUGACUCAUUGCUUGAGGAUGAUUUUGGGAUGCGUCACGCUUUUCUUGCUGGCUCAGCAGCUCCUUCUAGACGUCUUCUUCCCAGGAUACUGGUGGGACGGUCAAGGAGGCGUUGGAGGCAUAGAGGAGGUAAUGGAAAUCGAUAGUUUUUUGUUGCAUAUUUUCUAGAUGAAAAGGGCAAGUAUAAACCAAGCAAAGUUCUACAGCUAUUCCAUGAUGUAACUAAAUGAAACUAGCCAAUUGACUUGAAAGCAUAACUAUUGGAUUUGCCCUUUAAUUAGGUGUUUAUUUGUUUUGAUUUAGGAGUGAAGCAUUGUAGUGUAGGGAAUAGUUAUCUCAUUGUCAUUGCUGUAUGCAUACACUACCAUUUUGCCAUGCAUAGUCCACAUUUGAACAGAAGGAUCAUAAAACAAUAUAAUCAUUCUUUCAUAUUCUGUCUUUUGAAA